GCGGCAGGAUGGGCGGCUCUGCCUCCAGCCUGCUGGACGAGAGCAAGUGCACCUACAUCCGAGGAAAGACAGAGGCUGUCAUCAAGAACUUCAGCCCGCACUACCGACGCCAGUACGCGGUGACUUUCUGCAGGCAUGUGCAGGAGGAGCUGGAGCAGCACCGGGAUUCCCAGUCCCGCUUCCUGAAAACCAAGCCCCCGUUGGAAGCUGGGACAGUCUUGUACGAGGCAGAGGUGCUGCAUUUUGCUGAGGACCUGAAGAAGUGGAAGGACCGAUACGUUGUUAUCAAAAACGACUACACUGUGGAUUGCUUUGAGACUAAGGAGGCCUACCAGAAGGGAGCCAGCCCUAAAUACCAUGUUCUUCCUGCAGGAGGCAAAGUUCUGACUUCAGAAGAGGAUUACAAUUUGCUGUCUGAUACACAUUUUCCUGAUCCUGUUGGGCCGAGUGAGAAGGAGGUGGCUCAAGCCUUCGUUCCGCUGCCGAGGGAGUUCCCGGUGUUCCUGUGGCAGCCCUUCUCCCGCCACAGCUGCUACUGCUUCCCGGAGCCGGCGGCUCAGCGGGAGUUCAGCGCCGUGCUGGGGGACUGCGUGAGGCACUCCAACCAUGAUUUUCUCAAGCAGGCCACGUAUGAAGUCGAGGCGUUCCUGGAGGCCAUUCAGUUCUUCCGGCAGGAGAAGGGCCACUACGGGACAUGGGAAAUGAUCACUGGCAACGAGACAGAGAUCCUGAGCAACCUUGUGAUGGAGGAACUCCUGCCUAACCUUCAGACGAUGAUCCUGCCUAAAAUGAAAGGGAAGAGGAAUGACAGGAAGCGGGCCUGGCUUGGGAUUGUAGAAGAAACUUACAGCCUGGUCCAGCAGCAGGUGUCAGAAGGACUAAGUACCUUGAAAGAAGAAUGCAGAGAUUUUGCAAAAAACCUUGAAGGAACUAUUCGCUCAGACAUGGAUCAGAUUCUGAACUCCAAGAACUACUUAGCUGGAAAGAUCAAAGGCACUGUUUCUGAGCCUGCCCAGAAGUGCUGCACAGAAAAUAUCCAGCCCUUUCUUGCCUCCAUAUUAGAGGAGCUGAUGGGCCCAGUGAGUUCUGGAUUCACCGAAGUCCGUUCACUUUUUGAUAAAGAAGUUAAUGAAAUCAUCCAGGACUUCCAGAAGACAAAUGACAUCACAAAGCUAAAGGAGAAUGUGGAUCAGUUUAUGAACCUACCAUUCAACUCUGUGAAAAUGGAGCCCUGCUAUCUGAAAGUGAACCUCCUCCAGGAGCUCCUCCAAGACCUCAAGAGUCGCUUCAAGGUGUAUCACAUUGAUUUUGUGAUUCAGAGGACACAGAACUUCAUGCAAGAGCUGAUGGAAAAUGCAGUUUAUACUUUUGAGCAGUUGUUCUCUCCAAGUCGCCAGGCAGACUCAGCCAAAGUUGCAACAACCAUUGAAAAAGUCAAGCUGAGAGUACUGAAGCAAUUUGAUUAUGACAGCAGCACUAUCCGUAAGAAGAUAUUUCAAGAGGCACUGGUACAGAUUACUUUGCCCACCAUGCAGAAGGCACUGGCUUCAACCUGCAAACCAGAGCUGCAGAAAUACGAGCAGUUCAUUUUUGCUGAUUACACCAGUGUGAUCCAAGUAGAGAAUGUGUAUGAGGAGAUUUUAUAUCAGACACUGCUUGAAGAAACUCUGAAAGUGAUUAAAGAAGCUGCCAUUAUGAAGAAGCACAACCUCUUUGAAGAUAACCUGAACCUGCCCUGUGAAAGCGUGUCCAGCUUGACGGAGCUGAAGACCCCCUCAGGAUCAGCACAGACCACCCCUGCCAAGAAGCCUUCGGGAGCCCCAGCCGGGACGUGCGGGACGGACGCGCCGAGCGAUGAAACGCUCGUGGUGACAGAACAGAUUUCCUGGGAGAAGGAGGCUGAUGAGCAAGAGUCAUCAGGCACAGAGGCAGGCACUGCUGUGCAUGCAGCUGGUGGGCAGGCAAGCCAAAGGGAAGACGUGGUCGUGACAGACAGCAGCAAAAAUCCAGAGGCCCAGCCAGCCACACUUACACAAGAAGUUGCAGAGGAAAAAAGCACUUUGGAGAAUGAAGACAGGGUGAAAGCAGAGCGUGUGGUGACCACUGAGAGAGAGCUUAAGACACAGCAAGAACCUGUGGAGGAGCAAGUAGCUCUUGGCACUGAAACUGCAGUGAAAGAUUGUGGAGCCAGCCCUAAAAAAGAGCACAAGGCACAAGAAGUAGAGGAAAAGGUCACUUCUGGGAGUCAAACGGCAGCAGAUGCUGUGUUUGUCAGUGGCACUGAAACAGAAAGCAAAGCACAGGAAAAAGCUGCUGAGAUCAAGGUGACUUCCCCACAUGAUAAUGUAGCAGAAGCUGAGAUUCUAGGGAAUGCUGAAAAGAAAAUCAAGAUAGAAAAAGAAAUUACAGAAAAAUUAUCUCAGAGUGAAAAUGAGGUAGGAACAGGGUUUGAAGAGGAUAGUAAAAAAGAAAGCAGUGACCAAGGAGCAAGUACUGUGACAAGGGUUAUUUCCAAGGAUGAAAACAAAGGGAAAGGUGGGGUUGGGGAUAACCCUGAAAAAGAAAGCAAGUCAGAAGAAAAGAGUUGUAAAUCUCCUGAUGAUGUCAAUGAGAUAAGGAGUUUGCUUAUGUUAACAGUUGAGAUACCAGCAGCUACUCCAUCUGAGAACAUAAAGGAGAUUUGUGAAGGUGAGAUACUGAAGUUGCAGGAGCACAAUAAAGGGAAGGAGGAGUUGAGCAAAAUGGCUGCAGCAGAAAGUCAAGUGAGCCAGAUAACCAUGAAUAAAGAUAGAGCUGAAUGCACAGAGUUCAAGGAGGACGGACUGUCUAGUUUGGAGAGAGACAGUAGGAAUUUAGUGGAUGUGUCCCAGGGGGCCUGCAAGAUGGUGCAAGAAGAACGGCUGGUGGAAAGCUCAGAUAUGUCUCAGGAGACAAAGGCAGGGGUGGAGAUGAAGCAAAGCAUUUGGUACACAGGUGCAGGAAGCUGCCACAGUGAUAGCUUGCAGCCAGGGGCUUUGUCUGAAGGCAAAAGGUUCUCUGGGGGGGAAGGAGGGGCAGGGGAUGACCAUGCUGUCCCACUGGAGGGAGGGACUGAGAGCUUUUCUCAUAGUCCUGCUGAAAAUGCCUGCACAGCACCAGGGCCCAUUUUGGAUACAGAAAACCAAAGAACAGGACUGCUGGACCUGCUGGUGUCUGUGGUGCCAGAGCAGGGCCAGGUUAGCACCCUGGAGCUCACAGCAGAUCCAGGGCUUGGUGAGAGUGAAGGGAAGCCAGAAGAUGAAUCAUCCUCACACACAGAAAUAAUAAGCAGAGGAGUAAAAGAGAAUUUCACAGAGGAAAACAGAGAAGAUGGUUAUGCACAGCAAGUCUCCGAAGAGUAAGAAGCAUUUUUCAGCCCAGCCCUGCAGGAUUUAUUUACUCCAGUAAUCCCUGUGUAAUUGUGAAUGCUCACUUGGGUCGGGGCUAGAGGAAAUGGGCUUUCUUGUGGUACCACCAGCUCUUGCAGAUUUAGCACAGAUCCCUUCCUAAGUGGUGGGUGAGAGGUUUCUUUUCAGCUAAGAGCCCUCACCGUUUAAAACCGGGUGACUCUUGGGGAAACUCAUUUUUCAGUGAAAAUUUGCUACCUUUUAUGGCUGUAGGAAAAGUCUGAAAACAUGACCACUGAGUACUUCACAAGCAACACACCCCCAGCUGUGAAGUCAUUUUAACAACUUGACUGUUCUUAGGUGUUUUAGCAGGGGAGUAGCUCUUGGUUUUCAAUUUGAGGAGCACUGCUGUGAUUCCUGGGUGGCUGGUACAGACGUUGCUAUUCGAGGAUGCUUCUGGCAUUUGCAUGCAGUGUAUGGGAAAUAAAUACAACUUUUUGUAGUGAAACAGAACCAAACAGUGAAAUUGGUUGCUCGAAAGCCACAGUCCCUGCAAAUUCUGCAAACUAGUCACUUAAUUAUUUUAAAGUUUUGAUAGAUAUUAAAGGCAAACAAUUCUGAUUUUUUUUUUUUUUUCUCUUAUUGCUCUAUUUAAAACGGGGAAAAUAUGGGAGCAGGUUUCUCAGUCCCACUCUGCACUUCUGGGUUAUUUAGCCUUCCAGAGCACUUUAUGGCUAUUUUAUUUUGUUUUAUUUUAUGGAAGGGAAAGAUGAGAAUGUUUACAAUAACCACAACCAUUAGGCAGCAUCUUUCUGUUUCACUUCCCACCAUAAAAUACAUUCAUGUCUGGCUGUCUAAUACAGAAAAUUCCAAGUCCUGCCAUUCCCAUUCUUCCUGACUUAAGUUAGUUACCCAGUUCUGGAGGCCUGUGUAGGUUCAUAAACUCUAAAUUCAGUUCACUAACUGUAAAUUCCUAAGCUGUAAAUAAGGUUCAUAAAUUGCAGUCAUUGUGAAGGAUCAUAAUCAUUGCCCGUAGUUUCUAAUACAGGCAUAAACUGAAGCGAAAAGGGGUCAAGGGUUAUUCACGGGGUCUUGGGAUUCUGGAGGGCAGAAUUGCCUUUCAAGAGCAGCAAUUAAAAUGAGACCUGUUGCUUUCAUAGCUGGCACGUUGCCAUCCGUGCCACGUCACCAUCUGUGCACAAAGUGCCUUCCACACAUGGUUGCUUGCACCACUCGGAGCCCACAGAGAACAGCCUGGCAGUGAAAGGUGGUCUUGUAAUAAACUGGGCUGGAGAGAUCAAGAUCUCACUUUAGAGAUCAGUUUCAAGGCACCUUAAAAAUUCAGCCUGGUGUUUCAGAGUAAGUAUCCUGCAGCACAGGACAGCAGAGAUUGAUGAUAAAUGCAGUGAGGACUGCAGGACGGACGCCCAUAAAGACAUGGGAAAAAAUAACAAAGCCCUGAGAGCACUAAUACUUGUUGACAUUUAACUUAAACAAGCUGUGUAAAGUCUAUUAUUUAAUGCUAUCAAAAUAUGCUAUAAUACUAACAGAGGAUUGACACUAGAGGAACAGGCAAAUAUUACUGCAUAAGGCAGGAACGUUGUUAACUGGACCAGCUGCCAUCUCACUAGUGUAAAAUAAAUGCAACUCCUAUUUAUUCCAGAAGCCACAAUGUGGUAGAGAAACAUUAAGGGCACAGAUGUUUUCCUUGCUAAAGUACUUUUGACUUGUUCCUUCCUUAUAUUUCAUACAAAAAUGCUAAUUUGCAAACACACAAACCACCACCAGGAAGUCUGGGUUGUUUUUUUGGUGUUUGUUUUUUUUUUUUACCAAUCAAUAGUUAUUUCACUGUCAGCUACUCUGCUGGUUUUUUUCACAACUCAUUAGUUAUGAAUUAGAUACAUCUGCAGAGGAAGUAUGCAGCAUCAUGAUUCCCAGCUUGGUAACUGUUGAGUUAUUUCUGUGGCAGCCUCAGAGCUGGGUAAUCUUUUCCUGUAAUAUGGAAGAAUUGAGUUGUGGAAUACAGAUGCUCAGUGUGUUUUCCUGAGGAAGGAUGGGAAAGAACACGAUAGGCUGAGCCUGUAGGUAACUUUGUUCUGCCAUUUAAAGUUUGUGAUGGCUAGAGGACUGAUUUUUUUUUUUCCCUAGGUGGACAUUUUCUGUACAUUCAGUUGUUUGUAAAUGGGUAGAGAGUUGCACUUUUCUUGUCUUCAGCCAGGCCUGGGUCGGGGGGAUGGCAGUUUAGAGGUCAACAAUCCACAAGAUUACCUCAGACCACCCAUCAAAAAUAAUGGUAAUUCACCCAUUCAGCAAUUUUUGUAGCUGCAUUAAAGUUUCCUACGCUUACCUGCAGU